AUGUCCGAUAUGGUACCAUUCUCAUUAUUACGAAAUCCCAUUUCAUUUGUCUCUUCAAAAUCUUUGCAAACUGAAUCGAGCGCUCAGUCGGAGGAGGAAGAUAGGAAAAAAUUAUCGGAAAAUAUAACAAAAUUUUAUCAAAGUGUAAUUUCACUUCCAACGAAAAAGGUACGAAAAGGUAAAAUAAAAACUCGAAAGAGACGACAAGGAAUAUUAAACAAGAAAAGUAUCACAAAUAAUAUAAGUUUGGAGGAUUGUUUUUCACAAUUAAAUCAAGAGAGUUCUUCCGAUAGCUUAGAAAGGUUACUAGAAUAUAAUGACGAGGACGAUGUAAUUAAACACGACAAGAACGACAAAAAAAAGAACGUUGAAGUUAGUGAUUCUACAACGGUAGAAAAUGAUGAUAAAAUAUGGUGUGGAGAUUGUGGGAUUUGGGUUGAAAAAAAUUUAUAUCAAAGUCAUAUUCACGGUACAGCGCACCUUGUUAUAUCAAAAAGCUUAAAUGAUCAAUCCAUACCUGAUCCAUUGGCAUUAAAUGAGACUAAUGUAGGAUUUAGAAUGUUACGUGAUCAGGGAUGGAGUUAUGAAAAAGGACUUGGCGUAAAUGAACAAGGUAGAAGACAUCCAAUACCAACAAGACUAAAAAAUGAUAAAUUAGGUAUUGGUGUAAAAAAAACCAAUCAGCCUCCGAAGAUAAGAUUAAAGAGACUGAAUGCAAAACAAACAGCUGAGCAAUAUGAAAAAGAUCGUAAAGAUAAGAUUAGAAUGCUUGCUUAUAUGAACAGAUGA